AUGCUCGACCGUCUGAACCCUGCACUCUCUGCUUCGUCUGGCGUCUUCUCGCGGUAUUUACGCAAGCUAUGGGAAGAUGUCUUGUCUGGCUGGGUGUGUGUAGUUACAGGUGCUUCCAGAGGCAUUGGCCGGGGAAUAGCUCUCCAGCUGUCUGAGGCAGGAGCCACCGUCUACAUCACAGGACGCCAGGAGAAGACUCUCAAACAAACUGCAGCACAGGUAAAGGAGAGGGGUGGCAACUGUGUGCCAGUUAUCUGUGAUUCUACAAAAGACGAAGACAUUGAAAACCUGUUUGAACGGCUCAGACGUGAACAGAAUGGCAGGCUGGACAUCCUGGUUAACAAUGCCUAUGCUGGAGUACAGGAUAUAUUUGAGAAUAUGGGGAAGAAGUUCUGGGAAACCGAUCCGUCCAUUUGGGAUUCCAUCAACAACACAGGCCUCAGGGGCCAUUAUUUCUUCUCAGUUUAUGCGUCCCGGAUGAUGGUGGCUCAAGGUCGAGGUUUGAUAGUCACCAUUUCAUCUAUGGGAGGGCUGCGGUAUCUCUUCAAUGUGCCAUACGGCGUUGGUAAAGCCGCAUGUGACAGGCUGGCAGCAGACAUGGCUGUUGAGCUAAAAAGUAGAGGAGUGGCUUCAGUCAGUUUGUGGCCGGGAGCGGUACGAACAGAGCUGGUGUCUCAGUUUAUACUGGAGAAAGAAAAACCACAGGGUGUGGAAUCAAAGUAUAAAGAUGUAUUCGCUAAUGGAGAAUCCACUGAAGUGAGUGGGCUGUGCAUUGUCAACCUGGCAAAAGAUAAAAAUCUCAUGUCUCUGACUGGGAAAGUACUCUUGACUUGUGACCUGGCGAGGCGCUACGGGAUACAAGAUGUCGAUGGACGGAGUGUAGCUGAUUACACUUCCUUAAAAUUCCUCCUGACUCAGGUCCCAUAUCUCUCCUGGCUGUCAGCUGUUGUGCCUUCAUUCAUACGCCUGCCACGCUUUGUGCUCACCCUGGCCUCUAGCCGCUUCUAAACAUUUCCUACUGUGAAUGAAGUGGCAGUAGCUGUCUGCGUUUUAACUACAUGGUCCGAGCUAUAGCUGCCAUGUGGUGGUUGAGGUUGAUGAAAUACACUACUACUGGUUAACGAGCCAAACUCAACAAUAUUUUUUUGAAGGAGAAUUGUUGAAAAUGUAUAUAUUUUUACACACGCGCACACAUACACACACACACAUCUAUCUAUCUAUCUAUCUAUCUAUCUAUAUAUCUAUCUAUCUAUACACACACAAUGGAAACCCCUUAUAGUGAUUACAGUUACAGUAGAGUAAUCAAGUAGGCCAUUACAGUGUUCAUUUUGGACUUUUCAUACAUGACUUCUACUACUACUACUACUACUACUACUAUCGCUACUACUACUACAUGGCUACUAGAGGCUGGUGACUGCAUGCACAUUGAAAUCAUCAAGUCGUUUUUUUCUCAAUGAAAAACAUAGUCCUCUGGAAGCUUAUGACAAACUGCCAACCCCAAGCCUACGUGCAGCAGCAAAACUUGUGCACCUUUUGUAGUCUGCUCAAACAAUGUGAAAAAAAUAUCCAGUCAUGGGUGCUAGUGAUGGAGACAGAAAAUGAAUGCGCACAGGAAAAGCACAUUUAGCUGAAGCCGCCCUCGUCAUUUGGAUUGAAAUUGCCCAGUCACAUAAUGCCCCAUGAGCGGGCCAGAUGCUGUCCAUUUCAUUACUUUAUAUUAACGUUCCAAAUAUAUUUCAAGUAGAUGAUAAUCUGCAAUAAAAUAAAGGAUGAUUUAAAAAUGGUUAUACUAAUAAUAAUCUCUUACAGUGAUUAAUUUGACUCUGAUGAUAUCUAUAAGAGGGUUCCCCUGUUUACAUAUGCACAACCAUUCCUACUUCAGUACUGAAUGAAUGUACUUCUAUGAAGUUUCAGGUAAAACAAGUAAACAUGAAGGACGCUCGAACGUAUUUUCUGAAUUUAACAUUAACACUGAUUUGUGUGAAAGCUAUGGAUGAAGCCACAAAUCAUGACAAUGCAAAUGUAUUAUUUUUGCUACAUGUUAUGUAUUUUCUUAAGCAGUAUAUAAAAUCACAAGUAUUUUAAGACGACACAUUUUAUAAACAUGAAUGUUUGUGUAUCCCUUCAUUAUUUUUGCAUGUUUGUUUUAUCGCUAUUUAAUGUGCUGUAUAUAUAUAUAUAUAUAUAUAUAUAUAUAUACACACACAUAACACUACUACUACUAUCACUACUAUCACUGCCACUACUUUGGUAUUUGACAGGCUAAGUCAAAAGUGGUUAAAUAAAGAAAUGUUAACCCUC